GAACUAUCAACGAACACCAUGUUUGUAGCGAUAGUACUGACGACAGUCUGCCUAGCCAGCAGCACGGUCUUGGCUGCAAUUGACAAGCCAUUCUACGAAGUAGAAGACGCUGAAAGCCUGUUCAAAGACUUUGUCCAAGAGCACAAGAAAGUAUACAACCGCAGGGAGUACUAUGAAAGGCUUGAGAUUUUCAAGAAAACCUUGAAAGAAAUAAAUGAGCGAAAUGCCAAGUUUCCUGAUACUGUGUUUGCAGUGAACCAUUUUGCUGAUUUAUACCCUCAUGAGCUAGAGCAAUACAAUGGUUUCAGACUUCCAAAAAAUAUGACGAGUGUAGUACUUCCUGAUGGGCCGACUCCUACGGCUACUGAAUUUGACUGGAGGGACAAACAUGUGGUUUCUCAUGUUAAGCACCAAGGAAAUUGUGGUAGUUGCUAUAUUUUCAGCGCUGUUGGUGAUAUUGAAGGGCAGUACGCACUCAAACAUAAGCAAUGCCUAUCCUUUUCCGAAGGGCAGAUCCUCGAUUGCCUCGGAGAGAAAUGGGGUUGCAAUGGAGGAUGGAUGCACGAAGUUAUGCAGGAACUGGCUAAAAAAAAGGAAAAGCUGGAAAAGGAGCCAGACUAUCCCUAUCAUGAUGUAAAAUCAACAUGCAAAGAAGACGCCAGUAAGGGGGUUGCGCUGGUAACAGGUGGCACUGCUAUCAAAAUCGCCGAUGAAGAGGAGUUAAAGAAUAAACUGGUAAACUUAGGACCUCUGGCAGUCGCUCUAAACGCCAAUGACUUUUUCCAUUACAAAGGAGGCAUACUAGAACCUGAUGAGUGCAAAGGUAAACAACUUAACCACGGCGUGCUCUUGGUCGGGUAUGGAGAAGAAAACGGCAAGAAGUUCUGGAUUAUUAAAAACUCGUGGGGAGAUGGAUGGGGUGAAAAAGGCUACGUGAGACUGUUACGAGGAGUCAACGCUUGCGUCAUGGGCACCAGUUACACCGCCCACUCCCAAGUGGCUUAGGCGUUCUUUAUCAACCCGUUAUUAAAAGGGCUCU